AUGCCCGAUAAUCCACAACCGCCUGGUUCCAACAAAGGGUUGACAUCCAGCACCCUGACCACGAUUCGGCAGAAGAUUGCACCUCAAAAUGAACUGAAGCAGAAAGCUGCCUGGCGACCGGGCUAUCUAAAACGACGGGUGUUGAUUGCUUUUGUGGUGGUGUUUGCCGCCCUCAUCGCGGCUCUGGAAGCGCUCAGUCAUGUCUCGCACGUCAACUACGGCAUCGCAUCAUCUGUCGCAAGUCGACACUAUGCUUGGACCUAUGGUCCUACCGCUAUCUUGACUAUCGUCACUGCGCUGUGGGCGCGCACAGAGUUCCAAGCAAAGCAAAAUGCUCCGUGGCAAGCAAUGCAAGAAGGGCCUACGGCAGCCAGUCAGAGUGUACUUCUCGACUACAUCUCGAUCAUGCAGCCUGUCGCCUUGUACAAGGCAUUCAAGUAUAGAAAUAUUAUUGUCGCAUCCGCCAUCUCAUGCACUUUGCUGCUGCGCCUGGCCAUUAUGUUCUCCACAGGCCUUUUCUCUUUGCAAGAUACCCCAGUGCAUAAGAACGGAAUUGAAAUUCAACUCGAAGACGCUUUUGACGGACGGAAUGCCGAUUUCAAUAAGACUGGAGGCAAACCCUUUGACGUCCUCAACAGUGUACUCUUCAGAAAUGGUACCUAUGCUGAAGGCACCACCAAGGACCUUGUCUUUCAACGUUUCUCUGCACCAAACAUCACCUCGGACGCCAUCUUGACUGUGCCUGUUUCCGGGAUUACAACCAACCUUGACUGCCAAUCUGCUGAAUUGGAUGUCAUACUAUGGCAGUAUUAUUCAGGAUCGAUGGGGAGCAAUAUGGAAAUCGAUUUGACCGCUCCAUCUUGCAAAAUGAGCAAUAUCACUUUUGAUGACACCCUCGGAAGCGUUAGUGACGGGCAGAAUAUAGGGGAUCCAGGGCGUUAUCUUUCAACAUUCAAAGAGGGACAGUGCGAUGGAACCACCGGCUCCGACGGAAAGCGAAUUAUACUGUUUGCCGGGGAGCUUGAAAAGCAUCUCCUUUGGAAUCGUACCAUUAAGCAGGAAGUUGCACCGGGAUAUACAGAGAAUGAGCACCGCUGGAAACUGAACUAUACAGUGCCUCGAUCGACGCAACUAAUUUGCCAACCGACCUACUCCUUUGUCAAUCUUUCCAUCACCACGAAUGCGUCCGAGUCAUUGUCGAAUGCUCGCAUAGAAAGGCUGGGGUUCAAUAGCUCGAGCCUUCCAGGACUGGGCUACUGGGAUCUCCCCGAGGCUGUCCUUGACGACGACAGUGACAGCAGCAAGUACGCCAGACCGAUACAAGACCAUUAUCCUUAUCCUGCGCAGAAGAGCACAUCAACCGUGAGUAUGCGCAUACGGAUGGGCGCGUGGCUUGCAGGGAAAACAGGAGACUUUACCAUUCUCCUCCAGGGCGACAAUUUGAGAGAUGUGGGAAAUGCAUACUAUCAAGCUGAAGCGGCCCAGUUUAUCAAGAAGGGAAUAGUCAAAGAAAAUCCCUCAAUGGUCACUGGCUCAGCAAUUGUCAAUGAAAAUCGAGUGGUGAUGACCCAACUACCACUGCGUAUCAUGGAGGUCUGUCUGGCACUAGGGAUUUUGCUUGCCAUUGCGAUGAUUGUGAAAGAUUCAUUGGGCAAGAGCACAACGGCUCCUUGGAACCCGAAUUCUAUUUCUGGUGUCGCUGCUAUUGUCUCGGCAAGCAAAGAGCUAGCCCAAUCUCUCCAUGGCACAAGUGCGGUUUCCAUGGAGGCGCUUAAUCGCCGACUGGGGGACAAGCGGUAUUUCUCUCAGAGCACCACCGAGGGUUUUUCAAUCAAGUGCUCCGAUGGAGCACAGCAAAGUGCUCAGUCAGAUCCGGAAGCUCGUGCGGAGCCAAGCAAAAAACAAGACUCACUCUCCAAACCAAUGCCGAGCUUUCCCUAUCGCGUCGCUAUUUUCAUCGCAGUGAUCCUCUUAAUCGUCGCUUUAGAGGUUGUCCUGCAUGUCUCUCAAAGCAACAACGGAUUAGGAAAUGUCGACACAAGUGAUGAGUAUAUUCACUACUCAUGGACAGUUGUGCCAUCAGUAGUGAUGGUUAGCGCCAGCCUUUUGUUCGGGAGCAUCGAUUUCAACACUCGAACACUAGCGCCAUAUGCCCAACUAAGACGGCCAACUGGCACGACAUUCGGGCAGUUUAUGACUCUGGACUUCCGAAACUCUCUUGACAUGACCAUUAUCUUCACGUCUAUUCGCACCAAACAUUUUGCGGUUUUGGCCACGACAGUUGCUGCAUUUAUCACUUCCUUUUUGACGAUCGUUACAAGCGGUCUCUUCACGCCACUUGACGUCCCAAAUCACGUAAAUGCGACCUUCAUCCGCGAGGAUACCUUCCAGCGCUUUGGAACUGCCUACAACUAUUCGCUGCCAUACUCAGAAGAUGUGCAGAACGUCGUGACGGCCCAGUAUAUCAUCCAGGAAAAUAAUUCCUAUCCCCGCUGGACUCACAAAGAUCUCGCCUUUCCUAGGCUGAGGUUGAGCGAGAAGAUGAAGACAGACCUCUCAAACGAGUCAUUUGUUGAUCUCUGGGUACCCGCGACGCGAGCUGCACUGGACUGCCGACUUGAAACAGGCACUGAGGUUCGCUACGAACUGGGAAACACCACGACCGGCCCUUAUGGCCUUGAGAUUUACCCACCCAGCAUUUCCUGCCCUCCCUACUCAUACAGUGAGUCAAGGACGCGGAAUUAUACUCAAGACGUUUUGUGGGAUGAGAAUGGUGUCUUCGGACGAGCACACUCGUGGCAGUGCGCCAAUCCCAAAAAUAGUCUGAGCCGGGAAAAUGCCUUUCAAGUCACCGUUUAUUACUGGGGUUACGUCGACGUCGCGAAUCGCAAGGUGAAGCACAUUGCCGCGAUGUCGUGUGCCGGAGCCGCCGAGACCGUCAAUACAUGGACUCGCUUCGAAUUGCCUAAUUUUGACAUCCCUAGCGAUCAUCCCCCUGUUCCUGACGAGUCGUCAGCGACACCGGCCCCCGACCAGUUCACACCUUACCUGACCUUUGACGACGCCUUCGCCGUAUCACCUUCAAAGCUCGCCUCACUUGAUGCCUUCUUUAGCACUUUGACGACAGGCAGAUAUGCCAUCCCAUCAGAAAACCUCAGAAACCCCGGCGACGUGGAGAAGGUGGCCAAGGCAAUUAAAUUUCAGAGUGGGAUUAUCAAGGCGCAGGAAUUCAACAACUGGACGCGAAUCGCGAACUCAUCGCUGGACGUCUCAUACCCCGGCGAAGUCUUCCUCGGAAAUCAGCUUCGGUUAUUCCAGGACGCCGCGUCUACAAGGGUGCUGGAUGCUCUCUUGGGAGUUAUCCUGAUCCUAGGAAUCGUAGGCUCUGUCCUGAUCAAUACAGACUAUGUCCUUCCCAAAGACCCCUGCAGUAUCGCGGCAGUUGCGAGUCUUUUGGCAGACUCGAACCUUUUGGAUUGGUAUCACAAUGGCGAAGAGAAUCCCAAUGAUAGCUCACUUGGGCGGAAAUUCUUCGCGGGGUGUCGAUUCUUCCUAGGUCGGCCCUCUGAAUUUGCUGGCCCAGACGCAUCACCCCAGAAUGCUAAAAAUGUUGAUGAUCUCACAAUAUAUGUCCACGAUCAUUUCAGGGAAGGGAUUCCUGCGCGUCAGGAGGUCUGCGAAAGGUCGCACCCUGACACUGAACGUGAAGAUUUGAGCCCAGUAUCAAGUAUUUCGAGUUGA